CAUGCUACUUCUAGAAAAAACCACCUGCACUUAUUAUUACUGCCCCCUCUCCUUUUUAACUCUAUCCUCCCUCUUCAAAUGCUUGAUGCCCUACCCUUUCUCCUCCGAUGUUUUGUCGACAAUCAAUAGCGAUCCUAUUUAUUUGUGAACCACCCUAGUUUCUUAGAGAAAGGAAGAGCCUGAGGGGUGAGAGAGGUUUUCUGAUUCCUCAUCUUCUCAUCUCAUAUCAACCCCAUUAAAGCAGGCUUCAAGGGUUCUCAUUGAGCUUCAUUGAGCUUUAAUGGCUUUCCCUCUCCUCCUUUUGAUGCUGCUCUACUCAUCUUCUUGCAAUGCACAAAGGCCGCCUUAUCCUGGUUUCUCUCCAACUUCUCGAUUUCGAGCUCUGCAAUUUGGCCAGGCUUUCAGUAAUCUAUGGGGCCCUCAGCAUCAAACACUGUCUAAUGACCAGUUAGCGAUUUGGCUCGACAGGAGCUCCGGAAGUGGGUUUAAGUCAACGAGACCAUUUCGAUCAGGGUAUUUCGGGGCAGCCAUUAAGCUGCAGCCUGGUUACACAGCAGGUGUUAUAACUGCCUUCUACUUAUCCAAUAACGAAGCACACCAGGGGCACCACGACGAGGUGGACAUCGAGUUCUUGGGCACCACACUUGGGAAGCCGUACACGCUUCAAACGAAUGUGUACAUAAAUGGAAGCGGAGACGGAAGAAUAAUAGGGAGGGAGAUGAAAUUUCACCUCUGGUUCGACCCCACGGCAGACUUCCACAAUUAUGCCAUUCUCUGGACUCCAUCCCAAAUUGUAUUCUUUGUGGAUGAUGUGCCCAUAAGGAGGUAUCCGAGGAAGGGGCCAUCGUCGUUCCCUUCACGACCCAUGUGGGUUUAUGGGUCCAUAUGGGAUGCUUCUUCUUGGGCCACUGAGGAUGGCAAGUACAAGGCUGACUAUAGUUUCCAGCCUUUUGUUGCUAGGUACUCCCGCUUUAUUGUAGAGGGUUGCUCUUCGUAUGCGCCGCUCACCUGCCGUGCCCCUUCCGCCUCCCCUAUCGGUGGCACCUUGAGCGGGCAACAGAUAGUGGCCAUGCAAUGGGCUCAGCGCAACUUCAUGGUCUACGAUUACUGCAAGGACCCGAAGCGAGACCACGCCCUUCUCCCCGACUGUAGGGGUCCACGUCCCUGAGUUCUUUCCCCAUUUCCUUCUUAGAUUGGGCCACCCUCAUGGGCCCUCCCCAAGUUUCAUGGUAGCAUAUAUCCUUCAUGGUCGUUUGUUUUUUAUAUUUGUUAAGAAAGAUAGAGACCGAACCCCUCCUACUGGAACAGAGGGGCUCACCUUGAUGGCGCUUUUGUUGGCGAUCUCAAGCAUUUGGGUUCACCAGAAGCAUCCAAUGUGGUGGUGAAACAUCCCUUUCUUUUUAUUUUUUGUCCCUUUCUGUUAUGUUAUAUUGUUUCAACCGGCAUGUAUCGCCAGAGUUGUUGAGUUAUUAGAGUGAGAGAGCACCUGCCUCUUUGAAGUUCUUGUAUUAUUACCAUGUUAUGGGUGGCGUUUAGGUGAUUUGUUUCCAAACUUUGUAUAAUCAGAGAAAUAUAAUGUUGAUUGAAUAAAUUGGAGCUCCGUUUGGAGAAAUAUUU